UGAAAAGCCUAGAAGUUAUUGCACUUCAUCAUCACUCUGUUGCUAAUUGCUAUUGGGUGGGGUACACCAUUACAAGAUAUCCCUCCUCCCCAAAUUUAAAAGGGGGUGCCCCUCCUGCACUUCCCUUCCAAGGCAUGUGUAAGUCAUCUUCUUAAUGAAAAUCUAGCUAGUCAUAUCAAGAGGAACCAUACACAUCUACCUGCACAAUUGUCAUGGCUCUCAAGAACAAGACUUUUCUGUUAGUUCUUCUCUUAGUCCUCAUUCCUUUAUCUUCAGAACAUUUUUUCCUUCUAGGCUUGGCUGAAGGCUUCAGGGAAAGGGUGGAUCAUGUUCAUCACUCACUUUACAAGGGUGGGAUGAAGAUGAACUCAAGGAAGCUAUUUGCCCAUAAUUUUGUGUUGGACUAUGAUGAAGCAGGACCCAACCCAAAGCACACAAAGAGACCUGGCAAGGGCCCUUGAAUGACUUUACAACUGAACUAAUCAUAGAUUAAACCUAUAUAUAAAUAUAAUAUCUCCCUUACGCCCUCUCAAAAUAUUUUGUUUAUGUAUGAGGAGACAUGGUAUGAUUAUAAAUGAGUUUCCUCACCGGAGCCAUUACUUGUGUGUUGUGACUUUAUGAGAUAAUAAAGUGUCAUAUUUUACUAUGUACACCAGAUAUGUUGGGUAUGUAUGGACAAUAAGCGGAGAAUUUGAGAAUAAAGCCUUAUCAUUUGUUUUCCAA